UCUCAGCCUCCCGUGAUUCUGCACUUUAGCAACGUGCGAGAGGCGCUUUCACGCAGUUCUCGUCGUUUGGAGGCUGCGACUGGGGUACGAGAGAAUUAAUAAAAAAACGAGAGUUCAGGCUGAGAUAAUUGGACGCGAGGAGUGAAGACGAGAGCAGAGAAAUUUUAUAGCGAGUAUAGCGAGUGAAGAUCAACGGGAAACUCGGGGCGGGAAUUUCAUUGCAGGGAAAUGUCGUCUGCAAUUCUUUUAAUUAUUGUGGCUUGCUGCGGAUUCGUUCAUGCGGGUCCCUAUCACGGGAGGAGGGUAUCGGAGAUUCCUCAGUACGAUUACGACUUGGAGGAAAGCGACAACUACGAGUACCCAUCGGCUCCCGAGGAGCGAAUUGCCCCGGCGGAUGUCGACAUAUCUGUGCAUUCCCUGGAAGAUUCUGUUGGGAAAACCGACAGAAGGAAUGAGAAGCGUUAUCCUAUGAAGAGUUAUCGUUCUCUCAGUGAUCCGCAUGAGUACCCUCCUCGCAAUCAUCCUCCCCAGAAUCGUAAAUUAUCCCGCAGAUCCAGCGGCAAGAAUGCUGGGCGUUACAUCGAGAACAUCAACAUCCACGAUAACCGCGACAUAUGGGGAUCAUUUUCGCCUCAAAAAUCUAAGAGUUACAUGGGAGGUGACUCUGGCAGUGCUGCUGGUAGUAACGUUGAUUACUCGGAGGAGAGGGGAAAGUACGGCGAUUGGAAUGAAAAUAUAAAUACUUUCCAAGUCACGGACCAGCCUCACGUUCCCAAUUAUUCUGAUGAAGUCCCUGAGAAUAACGGCCCAGACAUCAUGGAGAAACUGAAGAUGGAACUGUCAAAGACUGAAAAACCGUCAAAAGAGCUAGUAGAACCUUCAAAAGUCCGUGAAACAACUCCGAAAGAAGAACCUUGGAAGUUCCCGGAAGAACCGACAAAAGUAACAGAGAAGCCUCCAAAGGUAACAACAGAGCAUCCAAGAGUAUCAACAGAAGCUCCAGAAGUAGCAGCAGAUCCUCCAAAAUUAUCAGAAGAAUCCCCAGAAAUAUCAGCACAGUCUCCGGAAAUAAUAAUAGAGCCUCCAAAAACAUCGAAAGAGUCCCUGAAAGUACAAAAAGAGCCUCCGAAAGUAGCAACACAGCCUCCAAAAGUAACAACAAAGGUUGUAAAAAUAUCUACAGAGAUUUCAAAAGUUACAACAGAACCUCCCAAGGUAACAACAGAGCCUCUAAAAUUAUCAAAAAAGCCUCCAAACGUAACUACAGAACCUCCGAAAGUAGUGACAGAGCCUCCUAAAACAUCCAAAGUAUCUCCGCAAGUUACACAAGAGCCUACAAAAGUAACAGAAACUCUAAAAACAUCUGCAGCGACUUCAGAAGUGACGACAGAGCCGCCAAAAGCAUCGAAAGAGACUGUCAAGGUCAUAACAGAACCUCUGGAAGUAACAACAGAACCUCCGAAAGUCACAACAGAACCUCCGAAAGUAUCGAAAGAAACUCCAAAAGUGACGACAGAGCUUCCAAAAACAUCGGAAAACUCUCCGAAGUUAACCCAACCUGCGAAAGUAACCACAGAGCCUCCAAAAGUGUCAGAAGAGUCUGAGACAGUAACAACACAGUCUUCAAAAGUAUCAGAAGAACCUCCAAAAGCAUCGGAAAAUCUCCCACAAGUAACAACAGACUUUCCACUAAAAUCAGUAGAACCCCAUAAAGAGCCCUCGGAACCUCUAGAAGAAAAACAAUGCACAAACGGCCGACCAAAAACCAAUCAACGAUACAGCUUAAGCUUCCCAUCCACAAACUUUUCUGCGCAACCAAAACACACUACGACUCUCCACUCAAAAGACGAACUAACCCUCUGUUGGAUCGAAACCGUCACAACAAAAGAAGACAACACCACAAGCCCUCCAAAGCGAUUGGUCGUCCGAGAGUAUACAGUCACUUUUGAAAACUCGGUUCUGAUUCCGGACGAACACUUAUGGUGCCCCAGAGUCGAGGGUGAGAUCCAUCCCACCAGCAAGGAAGAAGCAGUCAACACACCGUUCCAGGAAUACUUCGCAAACGAUACCCGACGGAGUCAAGUCACACAGCUGAAGAAAGUUGAUCACGAGGAUAAUCUCACGGUAGUCGAGGAGAAAUCAAUCAGAUGUGGCAUAGGAUCGUUCAUAACGAAGAACAUCUAUGAGUCGUCGGACAUACCGGAUAAUCCGUUGAUGCGAGUAGAAGUCAAGGUGGGACCUUCCUUAAAACAUAUUACAGACACGCCUGACGAAACAACAACUCCUGAAUCCCCUGAUGAAGUUCCAUCGAUCACUGUGGAUUGCUUGAUCGAUGGUACAUGCAGCACCCCGAAAUCUACAAGCACAACUACUGAGCCGUCAGAAAGCUCAUCAGACAAAAUUCCGGAGGAAUCAGCAGAACCUUAUUCAGAGAGUUCCUGUGAACUAGGGGACGAAAGCUGCGUUAGAUCGAGUACUUAUCCACCUGUUGAAGUCUAUGGCGAUGAGAAUUCACCAGAGACAUCAAAGGAGAUAACACUGGUACCUGAGGACCUUGUUUGCGAUAACUCCACGGGGAAGUGUGGAAUUACAAGGUCAACUUCCGGAGAGACUGUAACGUCAGUAUCGGAGGGACCAGGAGACGAACCUGCAUUUGGGGAUGGAACAGCAUCAGAGGGGUUGAAAGAGCCUGAUGCCUCAACGCAAACAGAGUCAACGCCGUCGGAGGAAGAGACUCCUUCGGGCGAGAACGUCACAUUCCCCAUAGCUACUAGGACCACGUUCCCAACAACUUUGUGGACAGAAGCUCAUUCAACUCACAAACCACGUUACGCUUUGAAGUUGCAAGUUGUAUUGGAGAGAAUCGAUGAGAAUGAUAACAGACAGACGGUUGUCAACCUGAAGAAAGAAGUGGCGUUGAAUCAUAAGAACCGAACGUACAUGGAUCUGCUGGACGCUCUUAACGAUACCGUCAAUGAUCUUGGAGUCAUACGGGAUUUGCUGAAGUGCUCGGCCUUCGAGGGCAUUUCACCCAUCAUUUGGGGAUAUGUUGGAUCGGACGAGGAAAAUAACGCGACUCGCAGGACUAGGAGUCUACCGGUUGCGGCGUCUCAGAACGCUUCGGAGAAAGAAGAAAUUCUCGAGCAAUGUCUUCCGGACAUUAGGACUGAUAUUUCAACAGGGUUAACAGAAAUCAAGUCCCAACUUUCGAAGAAUGAUGGUGGGGAUAUUCUAGGGAAGAACGCAGAUGUCUUGCCGACGAGAACUUCGAACUUUGAGAACGAUGAUGUGAAGGUCCGGAGAUCCCGAAGAAGUGCAGAUGCUGGGGAUCGUGAGGCAAUCAGUCAUUGGUCUAACGUGAGAUUUAGAGAGGCGUCUGAUGGAGGGAAAAUCCGAAGCUUCACGGAGUUAGUUGUACUUGAAAAUUCGGAAGUUGUUUAGAUUAGUUAAUCAAUUAUUAGCUUCGAGUUUCUUUUGUUUGAUCAUUGUCCAUUUUAUUCUGUAAUGAAACGGAGGAACUAUUUGGGAAAUACAGAUAGUUAUACACAGUUA